CGUAGGUCUUUUGACGUUCAACGUUAUUUACAUUUUGGUUUCGGCACGGAACACUGCUGUUGGUUGGUAAAACUUGUUUUUUCAUCCAAAGUGAGUUAAUUUGGUUUUGUGCAUUUGUUUUAACGUUUAAAACCAAUUCGGCCACUUUUUCGUUCGUUUCACAACUUUAAAGCGUUACAAAAUGCUGCGUGUUUUUCAACGAACCUCUCGCCUGAUGGCACCCGCCGCUCGUACUUUUAGCAGCGAUGCUGGAAACAGCAAGCUGGUCAUUACGGAGGUGGACGAUAAAACGGGAUAUGCCACUGUUACACUGAACCGUCCGCCUGUGAACAGUCUGAAUCUGGAACUGUUGAAAGCUAUCUCGCAAACGUUGGACGAUCUGCAGAAUAACAAAUCCCGCGGAAUGAUACUGACCUCGUCAUCCAACACGGUGUUCAGCGCUGGGCUGGACAUAAUGGAAAUGUACAAACCGAACCAGGACCGAUUGCGGGACUUUUGGUCUACCCUGCAGGAUGUGUGGUUCAAGCUGUACGGAUCACCGUUCCCUACGGCGGCGGCCAUUAACGGUCAUGCGCCUGCCGGUGGAUGUUUGCUGUCCCUCUGCUGUGAAUAUCGUGUCAUGUGUCCGAACUACACGAUCGGACUGAACGAAACGCAACUGGGUAUCGUGGCACCUACCUGGUUCCAGGCAUCACUCCGCAACACUAUCUCCCGCCGGGAGUCUGAACUGGCCCUGACGCUGGGCAAAAUGUACACAACGGACGAGGCGCUGAAAGUUGGCAUGAUCGAUGAAGUGGCCGAAAGCAAGGAGAAGGCUCUGGAACAGGCAACAAACUUUUUGAAUCGGUUCCGCAAGAUUUCGCCUAUGGCACGUGCCAUGACCAAACAAGCGCUGCGCAGCAAAGAUAUAGUUGAGUUGGAGGAUAAUCGAUCCCAGGAUAUCGAUCUAUUUGUCUACGCCGUCAACCAACCAGCCGUCCAGAAGGGAUUAGAAGUUUACCUCGAAAGUCUGAAGAAAAAAGCUCAAAAGUAAGUGGAGCGGCGUAGAAGUAGCGCGUGCUCGUAUGUAGAGUAGCAACAUCCGCUUAGCAUUUGUCACUAUUUUCUUUCUCUUGUACGGAAAAAGUGGAUGAAAUACAUAUUUUUUCAAUCAAACUUA